CUUAACUCAAUAUGUCUAUGCUGAAACGUCUCUAAUCUGGUCUAUGAUGGUUCUGGCCGGUCUCUCACAGAGAGAGUCAAAUCUAUGCAUAGUUUACAUGCCAAGACUGAAGUUGUUUCAUGGCAAACUCUGGUCAACGUCCCUGUUGCCGUUCAACAGCGAUGACAAAGGCAACGUUCCAUUCUAGCUUACUAGUGUUGUGAUGGUGGCUUCGGCAGAGGAUGUCAUGAGCCUGUGACUUGACAGAGUUGGUUUCGAUGCCGGCUCUCCGGGAUUGCAUAUAAGGAGCAGAAUAUACGCUUUCUAGUCCUCACCCAACAGUCACUUCAGUUCGGUGCUGGUCACCUACUUACACUUACACUCCUCCACUUCUCUGCCUCUCACGCCUGCCGGUCAGGAUCUUACGACUUUACACGACUUUCUUUACCACUACACUUGCCUCCACCGUUCUAACAUCCACUCCAACCAAACACCAUCAUCAUGCAGAUCACUCCCGUCGUCGUUCUUGCCACCCUCACAGCCGGUAUCGCUGCUCUUCCCACCCCGGAACCCCAGAUUGGUGCGGGUCAACUCCGCCGCAUUGAGCGGGCUGAGUUCCGCAAGGGCGAACGCAUGGGCGAGCGGAGGGAGGCCCGUCGGAUGGGAAUUCGCUCGAUCGAUGACGACUCUGAACUAGCCACCCGGUCUCCCCAGCGCAACUCCUUCAUCAGGCACGAGGAGCGCAAGAUGUUCCUUGCCGGCGAGCGUGCUGGCGAGCGCAAGGAAGGACGCCGUCUCGGUGUUCGCUCGGUCGAUGACGAUGCCGAGCUCGACACCCGUUCCCCCCAGCGUGGGUCUUUCCUGAGGCAGGAGGAGCGCAAGAUGUUCCGCGCCGGUGAACGCGCGGGUGAGCGCAAGGAGGCUCGCCGGUUCGGUGCUCGGUCGGUUGAUGAUGAUGCUGAGCUCGACGUCCGCUCCCCCCAGCGCAACUCCUUCAUCAGGCACGAGGAGCGCAAGUAACAUCCACUGCGCAACUCCUUCAUCAGGCACGAGGAGCGCAAG